UAUAAUCACUUAUAUAAUCACGAGGCGCAGUAUCAAGUAUAAUAUUAGCAAUGUUAUCAUCUGCCGAGAGAGUGGCAUUGAAGCUAUGAAGAUAAUUGCGCUUAAAAGCUUACGCGUUGCUGCAAGGGGGAACCCUGCGAAGUUCCCGCUCUCCGCACCCUCCCGCUUCCCCCGCGGCCCACAAUCCGAAUAGAGGCCAAAGCCGGAGCGAGCUAGGAACUCUAUCUUUAGACAAGACGUCCGUUUCAAGGAAGAGCUGACGAAUCUAUAAUCAGGUCACAACCAUAUUUUCAAUCAUCUUAUUCAAGUCUUGCCGUUUCUCGCAAGACAUUAUCUACUACACUAGCGAUGCACGUAUUGCAGAGCCUCAUUCUUGGCAUCCCAGUGGCUAUAGCUGGGUCACCAAUUCUUGUAGAACGUGCUCCUACAGCACCUUUUGGAUUGUUCGCCUACGGCGAUGGAAUCGGCGGCGCACCUGUGUUCACAGAUGGCGAAGGCGCUUAUGUCGGGGGGGCAACUCACUUAAACGACAGCGAAGCCGCCCAGGUCCAGUUUAUAUCCGGUACAGACAAUUCGUUGCUGGCCAAUCCCAACACCACGGCCGGCAAUGCACCAACCUGGUCGAACCUCACGCUCAUGGUCCCGGACACGACAUCUUCCUCUCAUCAGGUCGGAUUCGCUAAUUCGACUACUAGUAGCGAUAGGUCAGGAUCCGGGUUCGUAUUUUAUGGGGAUUUUCUACUUCACAAGAACACCGACGGGGAUCUCAAGGCAUUGUGGUAUGCUGUGCCCUCUGAUCAAGAUGGCAUUUGGUCUUUGAACUGGAACUCGACCGACGAUGAUACCGAAGGGAUAGUGCUUGUCACCCUGAAGGCCACACCACCAUCGAGGGAAAUGGAUAAGGAUACUUAGGCCCAUCAUCUAUACCUUGAAUCAUUUCCGUUCCCAUUGGGAAUUGCCGACCAUCUACCUCGUGGGUUAGACUGAUAAUCACAAGUCGCCCGCCGGUGGGAUACUAUUCUAUCGGCAUUUCUUCUCUAUUUUAAAUAUUUAUGCUGGCUCGAAAGGAUUGUAAUUAGCUCAUCGUUUGAAAAGAGACCUAGAAUGAUUAAUUUCAAUACUACAAGCUAUAUUGCCACUACCGUUCAGUUCUUCAUAGGUACCCUUUAAACGAAUUAUUGUCUCGUCUCCUCAGUAUUACAUUUUAUAGGUAGUUAAUAGUUAAGUCUAUUUGUGAUGUACCUGAGAAUUAUGGGAGGUAUCAAAUUCGAAUAACAAAGUCCGUAGUAGAAUAACAUAAAAUUUCACAUCAGUAGUAUUUCAG